GAAAAAUUAGAAAGACGAAAAAGCGUUCCAACCCAAAUGGAGACACCUCCCCCUGGUUUUCUACAUCCAGGGUCUUCACCUAAACACACAAAUAGCCAAUUAAUUGUUGACAUUCCGCCAAUUCGAACACUUAGUCCAUCUAGGUCAAAUCCUGAAAUUAAAGAGCAUAAUUCGGGUCUUACAUUUCCAAAAAUUUACACACAACCUAGUUCAGGAACUCUUGGAUCGAAUUUAUCGGCACCGUCUUUAUUCUAUAGGUCACCAGACUCAAGGCGUGGAUCUCACACUUUAGAGCCUAUUAUGGCGAGUCCUACGUCACCGAAUUUAGGA